UUCCCUGACCGGGAAGUGAUAUGUUAAGUCUCACCCAUAAUAUUUGUAGCUUGCAUGGGUCGUUUGGAUAAACAAAACGGAUCAGUAUAGCGUUUUACGGCAUUGUAAGCUAUGUCGCCUCGCGUGAGCGUUACUAACACACCGCAGCAAUUUUGCCGUCGUCGUUAUCAACGCGUGUAAACCCGGCCCGUUUCGCGUAACAGCGCCCUGCGGAGCGCUAAAUAAGGCAUUUGGUCUCUGAUCAAGACGGAACUGACUGUUUGUGCUGCGAAAACAUGGCAGAGUUGCACGUUGAACCCAACGCGACUGGCAUCAUCGAGCAGACCGAGCAUUGUGAAAUCAGAGGCUCAGUGAACGUGAGACUCCCCUCCCCUACUCUGGUGAUUCCGCCCCGGACUGGCUUGUCCAGUCCAGGGGUCUCCAGCUCCAGAGCUGUGUUUGGGUUUCCUAUGAAGAGCAACCCCACUUCCCCAUCACCAGAAGCCACAGAGAAGCCAGGAUCUCGGUGGGUUCGGUUGAAUGUCGGGGGAACGUACUUUGUUACAACGAAACAGACCCUGUGCAGGGAUCCUAAAUCGUUUUUGUAUCGAUUAUGUCAGGACGAUCCAGAUCUGGAUUCGGAUAAGGAUGAGACAGGAGCAUAUUUGAUUGACAGGGAUCCCACAUAUUUCGGACCCAUCUUGAACUACUUGAGGCAUGGAAAGUUGAUCAUCAACAAGAACCUCGCUGAGGAGGGUGUUCUAGAGGAAGCUGAGUUUUACAACAUUGCGUCACUUGUGAGGCUGGUGAAGGAGAGAAUACGAGACAAUGAGAACAGAACGUCUCAGGGCCCUGUGAAGCAUGUGUAUCGUGUAUUACAAUGUCAAGAAGAGGAGCUCACUCAAAUGGUUUCCACCAUGUCAGACGGAUGGAAGUUUGAACAGCUCAUAAGCAUCGGCUCUUCCUAUAACUAUGGCAACGAGGACCAGGCCGAAUUCCUGUGCGUCGUUUCCCGGGAGCUCAACAACUCCACUAACGGAAUUGUUAUCGAGCCCACUGAGAAGGCUAAGAUCCUUCAGGAGAGGGGGUCCAGGAUGUGAGGAGCCCAGACAGAUCUCCCAUCCCUCACUUCCUUUCUCCAGAUCCUCCUCCACCAUACAGCUGACUUCAAGUUCAUUAGCCCACCACCCCUCACCUCACCGUCCCCUCCUCCCUUGUGCCUUUCCACUGUGGGGGUUUCAGUCCCCCUCCUCCCUGCAGUGCUGCAACAUUAACCAAUCAGCACCACCACUAACUAUCACUGCUAUUGUCGACUAAUCGAAAAAUGUGUCCGAGGUCAAACCUCAGAUCAUUACAUUUGAUGCAAGACUGAUCAGAGAGAGGAUUACAGGGAAGGAUUCAUCAUUCAUCCUAAUGCUUAUUUAUGCCGACUUCAUCAUCAUCCUCCUCAUAUCCCAGUCAUUAUCAUCAUAAUCUUUAAAGCUGCUGGCUUUAAAUGUUUAAAGGGGGCGCAGUUGCCCCUGUUGGCUCGGCUGCAUCCACAUGACCAUAAUCUCCUCAGGACUUCCAAACGGGGUGCAAGAUAGACUCCAUUUCCGACCGUCAAUACAGCUUCUAUUAACAAGCGCAUUAUCUAAUCAUUAUCAGCCAAAUCUGCAUCAUUUCAGCAUUCACUUCCCAUUGCCUGGUCAGACCAAGAGCACAGCAGAUGGCGCAAUGGAUAAAAAGAAGACAGCGGCUUUUGAACUUCUUCAGAGUGGCAUGUUUCUUUCGUUAACUACCCAUUUACCCAUCUGGAAAGGACUAAAGGAGAAGGGAGAACUCAUACUGCCAAUUGUCCGGUCAGAUGCCCAAAAUCGCGUGUCCAUCGCUGUGAAGACGUCUCACAUUUCCAGUUCGCUCCGGUUGAUUUUUGUCAUCCUGGAUUUUUUUAUUUUAUGCCUUGUCGCUGGAUAUUUCAAAGCAUCAAAACAGGAAAUAAAUAACAAAACAAAGAAAUAUGUGGUUGUAGGGCAUGUGAGGCUUAUGUAUAUUACAAACAUAUGUAUUAUGAAGAGGCCGAAUGCAAGUCAUUGUUAAUAUCUGUACCAUAGUGGUCGAGGUUUUUUUUGUGGGUGUUUAUCAAGAUGAGUUUCUCUAUUUUAUUGGGGGAGGUUCUGUAUUGACCCCUAAUGUAAUUUUUGAGAUGUGAAUUUGUUGUGUGGUUCCUUCAAACUUUGUGUCGAUGACUGGAAAAAAACAGGAGAUUUCUUGCAUAGAGGUAUCAAGCCUACAUAGUCCAGGUGGUUCAGGAGACUGUUGUAAGACAAAGUGCCCACAAGUUUUGAGUCAGGGCAAAACUGCAUUAGUGGCUCUUUGUUGCAUUUUUUUUUUUUUUUUUUUUUUACACUUUUCUGACAUUUUAGAUUGAGAUAUAGCUCUCCCUGUAACAUUUUGGCUAUUUAACUGUUUAACAAAUUUUUGUUCAACAAAGUCUGAUCACGUCAGUGGAAUGUUUUUGAAUGUAAAGGGAUCCAUUUAUUGUGGAACGUUCUUGUCUUUUCUCCCCCCAAAACUAGUUUAUCACUAGAGGUAAAUCAUUUUAACAUUGAAGCCCAGUCUUUCAAACCAGUUGCCCUUAAAUAAACUUGAUUUCCUGUU